AUGAAUAGAGAAGACGUACUCAUCGAAGAAGCAAAGAACUUCCUCGUUGAGGCCGUGAACUACGACAAAAAUGGAAAGCCGAAUGACGCUCUGACUCACUACAUGCAUGGGAUUGAACGACUCGACAAGGCGGUCAAGUUAAUGUCUUUAGAGGAUGGUCGAAGAGGUCCAUUAUAUAAACAGAUAGCGCAGUACAUAUCACGGGCGGAGCUCUUGAAAGCCGCUACCAAGAUUGAGGUUGGCUUCUUAGAGCAGCGAAAGAUAACGGCAAAUAGUGUGGGUCAUGGUUACGAUAAAAUUUUCGGAAAAUGUUUGGAUGAUGGUUUAACUGGUGUACAUGUUCAGGAUGCAUACAUUAUUUCCCACCAUCAGAUCCUCAAUUUCAUUCAAUUUUGUGAGCUUGUUGUUAGCAGAGCACCGAAUAUCCGCUAUAUAAACUUAUUGACCGGAACAGAAGCGAAGAAUAAUCAAGAUGCAUUUAACGAGCUCCGUGAUAGCCUUGAGAAGGUGAAUGUUCUUCUGAAAGUGGAAUUCAGUGCUUCCAUUCAUGAUAGGGAGAUCAGGUUUAACAAUGGAUGGAUUGUCAAAAUAGGGCGGGGUCUAGACUAUUUUAAAAAACCUGGAAAAUAUGUUUUGGGUGCUUCUGAUUUAAACUUUAGACAAUGUCAUGAGACUACUGUUGAUAUUAUGAAAACUUAUCGUUUCUCGUACUCCCGCUUACCAGAAAUGAUUCCGGACCCAGAUUUAAAUAUCCCAGUGCCUCACGUUAUCCAUUCGAGCUCUAUGGUGGAUCAAGAUGCACCAGUUGUCAAAAAGAGAAAGUUUGAUGAGGUUCAUGGGGAAUGCCAUAACGGCAUACCUGUCUAUGGUUUCAUCAAUGGUAGUGUGCCCUGUAAUUCUCAACUUGCUGACCUUAUGGACCAGAUUCGUCCACUAUUAAGGGAUGCUGUAGAGAAUGUCAACAAGGUUAAGAUGUGGAUAACCUUGUUAAUCCCUCGUAUUGAAGAUGGAAAUAACUUCGGAGUUUCCAUUCAAGAGGAAACUCUAGGCGAGGUUCGCAAUGUGGAAAGCGAAGCAGCGUCAUUCCUUGAUCAAAUGAGCAGAUAUUUUGCUAGUCGAGCGAAGCUACUCACUAAGGUCGCGAAGUAUCCCCAUGUAGAAGAUUACAGGAGAGCCAUCCUUGACAUGGACGAGAAGCAAUUCAUUAAUGUCAGAUUGGUCGUUCUGGAGAUGCGGAAUCAUUUCUCUACACUUUAUGAUCUUAUAACGAAGAAUAUUGAGAAAAUUAAGAAGCCUCGAAACAGUAACAUGGAAAUGCUGUAUUAG